AAUAUUAUAAUAAAUAAGAUAACAACAAUCAUGUCUCGUGUUUGCGAUUAUUAGAUAGAUAUAUUUCCCGCAAAUCUAUUAUAUUAACUAUGAAGUGUAUUGUUUAUAUACGUGCACAGACAAGAGUACUCUAAUCAAGAUGCUAAAUAUAACAUUCAUACAUAUAAGCAUGCAUGUAAUCUAUCAGAUAUAAAAAGCAUUCCAAAGUGUAUGAAAUCAUUUAGAUUUGAAGUUCUGAUGCGACUACACCACCUAACAGCGUGUCCUACGCGAUCAUUAAUUGACAUUUGUACAAGCGUUAGAGGUUUAUUAUCGACUUCCCGAAAACUUUGUUUCCUGAGCAGUCGAAGUGGCUUAACCACUAAUACUCACAAUUACAGCAAGAAAAGUGACUUAAAAACUACCAGCUACCAAAAGAACCUCAUUAACAAAAUGCUCAACCACUUGCCAUUUUUUACCAGCGGAGAAAUAGUGCACGGCUUCGGACGCGGUUCUAAAGAACUUGGCAUCCCAACAGCAAAUUUUCCUCUGGAAGUGGUGAAAGCGCUACCAGCCGAAAUAACUUUGGGCAUAUACUACGGUUGGGCGAGUGUAGACAAUGGUGAUGUGCAUAAAAUGGUAAUGAGUAUAGGAACGAAUCCCUACUAUGACAAUAAAGAGAAGAGUAUGGAAACACACAUCCUACAUAAGUUCGAUGGCGAUCUAUACGGACACUUCCUAAAAGUUUGUAUCGUUGGCUACCUACGCCCUGAACGUAAUUUUGAAUCACUCGAAGAACUUAUUACUGCCAUUCAAAAAGAUAUCGCAGAUGCCAAAAAUUUGUUGGAAGGCGAUGAGAAUAAUCGGCAACUGCAAUAUUCGAAAUAUUUCAAAACUAACGGUGACGAAAAUGUAAAAUCUGCGUCAGCGAAUUUGCAAGCGGACAAUAAAAAUAAUGGCUCAUAAAAUAUGUUGUAGCUGUCAGUCCUCGACCGGAUACAAAUAAGUUACGGACCCGUUCAGUUACGUAAAGCCAAAUUUCGUAUGACGAAAAAUAAAUAGCUUUGAGUUAAUUAAUAUUAUAUACAUAUGUAUGCAUGUACAGGCGAUCAACGAUCGCACUCAUGUUUACUAACUUUAUUGAAACACAAAAUACUUUAUACAAUUUUAAUUAUAGUUGAGCUAUAUAAAUGUACAGUUAAACAUAUUUCAGUAACAUUUUCAACAACAUUUAUAUGUAUGUACAUAUAUAUGUACACAUAAAUUUAUCGAAUAUCAAAUUUAGUGUAUAUCGUUGCUUCUUAAAUCAGUGAUAGUCUAAUUUAAGUUGUAGUGCAAUUCUGUUACAUAAUUUCAUUAGUUUAUUUUUGCUCUACUUAAAGCCGCAACAUGUUACUUAAUUAAAUGUACAUUUUAAAUGAUAAAAUUUGGUUACUUACUCUGUUUAUAUGUAUGUAGAUAAUGCGAAAUAUGUGUAUUUGAUAUUCGUGCGAAAAUGUAUAAAUUGUAAGUAUGCUUAAAUUCAGUAGUAAAUGAAAAUUGUAUAUGUUAAAAAAUUAAUGAUAUACACACAGAUAAA